AGGUAGCACUCAAACAAGGCGCAGAUAAAGAAAGACAGCUGAGCUGAGAGAAAGAUGGUGAAGUCUCCAGAGGAAGAGCACCCACGGAAGGCGUUUGGUUGGGCCGCCAGAGACACAUCUGGUGUUCUCUCACCCUUCAACUUCUACCGCCGGACCAACGGUGCUGACGACGUCACCUUGAAGAUCCUUUACUGCGGCAUCUGCCACUCCGACCUCCACGCUGUGCGCAAUGAAUGGGGCAACACCAUCUAUCCCAUCGUCCCCGGGCACGAGAUCAUAGGUGCUGUGACGGAAGUGGGUACCAAUGUCGCCGAUUUCAAGGUCGGGGACAUCGCCGGCGUCGGCUGCCUCGUGGGAGCAUGCCACACCUGCGAGAGCUGCGAGAGUGACCUGGAGAACUACUGCCCCCAGCCGAUCCUCACCUAUAACUCCAUCGUCCCGGACGGCACCAUCACCUAUGGUGGGUACUCCGACCAUAUCGUGGUGCCCCGUCGGUACGCCGUCCGGGUGCCCGAGGGCCUGCCGCUCGCAGCCGCAGCGCCGUUGCUCUGCGCAGGAAUCACGGUGUACAGCCCCAUGAAGCACUACGGGAUGACGGAGCCCGGGCGGCACCUCGGGGUGGUGGGGCUCGGCGGGCUCGGCCACGUGGCGGUGAAGAUAGGCAAGGCCUUCGGUCUCAAGGUCACGGUGAUCAGCACGUCGCCGGCCAAGGAGAAGGAGGCCAUGCAGGGGCUCGGUGCGGACGGCUUCCUGGUUAGCCGGGAUCCGGAGAAGAUGAAGGAUGCUGCUAACACCAUGGACUACAUCAUCGAUACCGUCUCUGCAGUACACUCGCUGGAGCCAUUACUGGCCCUCCUCAAGCUCAACGGGAAGCUCAUCAUGGUGGGGGCGCCGGACAAACCUCUAUCCCUCAACGCAUUUUCUCUACUUAUCGGGAGGAAGGCCAUAGGAGGAAGCGUCAUUGGGGGGAUGAAGGAGACUCAGGAGAUGAUGGAUUUCUGUUGCAAGCACAACAUUACUGCAGACGUGGAGGUCAUCAACAUGGAUUAUGUUAACGCCGCCAUGGAUCGCCUCGCGAAAUCGGAUGUCAAGUAUCGCUUCGUCAUCGACGUAGCGAACUCGCUUUCAAACUAGAGAUUGUUCCCAUGGCGAAUCCGCUAGUGUGUGUAUCUACAGUGGUUUUCUG